UGUCUUCAAAGGACUGUGGACGAUGGGGUUCUGUUGGCUUCAUCAGAAUCAGUUACAACAAACAACCCUGGUAGUAGGAACAAUGAGAAGUUUGCACACUUUUUUUCCCAAGACUUACAGGCUAUUAGUCCACAUGUGUGUGAACCCAAUAUUGAAAUCAAAAUAUUGCUUGUAUUGAUGAAGGCAGAAAUUAAAGACAAAGGUUAAGAGCGAGUGAAAGAGCCAGAAAAAGAGAGGGUGGGGCUCUCCAAACUCUCUCUCUUUCUGUUGUAAAGCCGAGGGUGGGAUGUGGAAAAGAAACAGAUAAAAAGAGAGAGAGAGAGGUGGUGAUGCACUAGUGGUCCACAGUAGUUCUAACCCUGUCAGAGGCUCUCAGUGCCAUUGUGUGAAUCCGCCCAUCCUAGGAAAUGAGGGCUUCCUGUUGUUUUAUAGAGCCUUCCUGCAAAAAGGUUGAGAUAUGUAAUCCCUACCCACUAGGGAAGAAGAAGAGCAGAGCGUUUUCAGGCAAAAUGACAGCCACUAGUUUCUCACCUAUGAUUUCUGGGUGUUUUAUAACUCUUCUCAUCUGUGCAGGAUGCACAACAGUGGUUUGUCUGGUCGAUGAAAAGAUAGCGGCGGCACCACCCACAACGACAGGGUAUCCCUCAACAGAUAUGACGGUUGCCAAUGCCACUGAAAGAGAAUCUACCCUCUCAUUUGCAUGUGGAACAAAGUAUCACACGUGUGAGGAUUACUGCGACAUUUGUCACAGUCACCACCAACCCCCAAUGGAUUGCCUUUCCAUCCUGCUCAAAGGACUAUGUAUCAAGACCUUUGAUGAUGAAAUGGCAUUACUGAACAGCACUGACUGGUGCACUUGGAGCAAUGUGGGCGAUUUGUAUAGCACCCUCAGCCUAUGCACAGAGGAGAUAUCUGACUGUCUAAUGAUCCCGUGGCCCAACCCGCUGGUGGAGCGGACGUUUGUGGACAUCCACUCCAGACUUUUCAAGGAUUGUCCCUCGCAGGAGCUGAGCGACCCACCACCGGUGAUUGUCUUUGCCCUGGUGAUCACUCCCAUCUGCUUGAUCCCUGUCAUGGUUAGCCUAGUCGUGCUCAAGACCAAGAAUGGCGAUGGCAGCUCCUGAGAUUUCACAAUCUCGUGGAAAUCUCUCAAAAUCAUCAAGAAUAUCACAUUUUCAUUCUCCCAACCUGAGGGCUCCAGCUCGUUUACGCACACACCGCAGCUGCGCUUUCACCUCCCCAGUGACUUUGCAGAGUAAUGAAAUAUCUUAAAUAUCCGCCAAGGAGGAAGGAUAUCGAAGAGAUGACACUGAUUAGGAGUGAAUUUCAUAAUCAGUGGCAUCACAACGAUUGUGUCAACAACCUACCCAAAGCUAACAGAGACAUACUGUGACAAAUUCCUGUAACAUACUGUGAGAAAAGUCUUCCUUUCAACCACUCAAGAUCUGAAUAUGUGUCUAUUCGUCACAAUCCAAUGUGCACUGUGAAAACAGAGCUUGAUUUUUACUGGAGAACCAAGUAUUCAGGGUUAUAAUGACAAAAGCUGUGGAGCUUGCAACAUCCAACUGGAAAUGUGUUUGUGUUGACUGCCCUAAUUGUUCCUGGACAGUAGUCGUUUUGGUCAAAGAUGAGGUCAUUUGUAUCACCGAACCCCACAUCUCUCCUGAUGCAAUUGGGUUUUGCAGCCACUCUGCUUUGAGCUAGUAUCUCGAUAAUGUAGGCACGCAGGGGACCAUUGUGCCACCUUUGGCACAAUGGUCCACCUUUUUUUUAGUGUGAAGUUGACACAGAUAUGUGUCCAUGUUUGGUCUAUGAAUUGGGUCCUCUAUCUGUGUGGAGAAAAAACAGGACAAUGAGUCUAGCGUGAUGCGUGGGGUCUAUGAGUAGUAGCGUUUGGGACCCAAUGCUCAGAAAGAGAGAGGUUUCUUUUCCUGGUAUUUUUGAAACUUAUGAAAUCCUUCAGCACUUUCCCCUUGUCCGAACGCCAACAAUCCUCACAAUCACGUGAUGAGCUGAUUGAGGCAAAGUUUCGCAUCCGGUUUAGACAGACGGACGGACGGACAGACAAACACUGAGCAACGACACGAAGAUACAGGAGUUAUCUUUCGCCUGACUUAUGUUCUGUUCCGUAUUGAAUGACGUUAAAGCCACAGUUAAGUGCUUUCAGAUUUAAAUCCAAAUGUGUAUUUAUGGAAUGUUUUAUAAUUUUGCCAUUGUCAGAACCUAGUGGACUUACUGUACCAUCUGAGAGAAGAACACAUCUCACACCAUUUACUGUAGGUAUUAUGAUAUACUUUAAAAAUAUUUUAUACAAUUAAAUCUAUAUUUGGAAUGUCGGCUGUUGCUUGUGUUUACUCACCCAGACUGGUUCUCAUUCGGUUUUCUACAACCAUAGCAUGAAAGGAGCUGUAUUCAGCUGUAUUUAGUUCUGCUCAUGUUCUCCACAUAAACACAUUAGCAGCGUUGCUUCAUUAUGGCUAAAGUACCCUUCAACCUUUGUCAGAAUUUGAUUAAACAGCCCUUUCCCUGCAGCGCAGUGCAGGACGCAUUGCCUUGUGUCUCAGAUAGUUUUACUGCGAGCACCAUAUUGUGGUGCAGUUGCUAUGUGUAGUGAAGGAAGCCUUGACAAGAGUCAUGUAUCACUCCCUCGUCUGGCAAACGCAACACUUCAGGGUGGGCCUGCGUUAGAGUGUGUGUGCGUGUGUGUAUGUGUGUCUGGCAGGGCUGGGUAGGAAGGUGUGUUCUGUGGCCUUCUUCCUUUCUAGAUCUCGGGUCAUCCUCGUCCCAACGCCCUUCCAAUCUCAUCCGAUUCCGUGUCACUCCGUUACUGGUGCAGCAGGGCGGAAAGUUUAUGCAAGACAUGAUUGUGAGAACAAAUUCAAUCAUAUUUAAUUAGACACAUAUUACAUCCAAUAUUUCAGUAAACUAUUUGUUUAUGUGUUCAGUGAACAAGUCAAAUGCCAAGGGGUCAAAAUACACAGUGCAUGAGUCUGGGUCCAGUUAGGAAACCCUGCUCUCUAGUGGUACAAUGUGAUACAGUGACAUGCUGCUAUUUAUCGUACACAGACUAAGUACAUUGUAUAUACAUAUCUUAUAUAAUUAUUGUGUGUGUAUAUAUAUAUAUAUAUAUAUAUAUAUAUCUUAUACAAUUAUUGUAUAUACACUGUAUCUUGUUAUUACAACAAGCGGUUCUCUGGGCAUCUCAUAGCAACAGCAUUGUGAAGUAUGUCAUACAAGUCUUGCACAUGAGGGAGUACAUGAGGCCAAUAGUUUACUCUCCUGUCCUUGAACAAUGCCACAGCACAAUCACACGACACGUUGAGAUGCCCCAAUUAGCAUAUGAAUCAGCUGACCUGCAACACAUCCCCACGGGCCUGUUUCAGCGAUCGGUGCUGACACUGAAGCAGGAUGACUUGAGCCUGUGGGGUUGUAUGAAGCCAAGGGACCAAGGGAUGUCUGACAGCAGUUAGUUAGAUAGUUUUGAGUGACAGAUCAGGAAGAUUGAUAAAUUUAGUAAUUGAUACGCUCCUUUUUUUUACACCAAAAUAAGUGUCAGAUACUGCUUGUGUAACUGAUGAAACUAAUUACUGUUUUUUUAUAUAAGACAAAAACAGACAAUAAAAAUGAAAAGGGCAUUUUGUUGUUAAAUGUUAUUGUACAUUACCGGCAUUUGAGUCAGACGCCGAUUUCAUCAAAGCUUGAUGAUUUAACAUUGAUGAUACCGAAAAUAAAAAGUAAAAGAA